AUGCAUCAUAACAUGGAAAUCACAAAUCCUCACAAUGAUCAUUCUCCGCAUUUCGUACAAAUGAAAUCAUUUGAAAAUUUUGAUUUUAGAAAUUCAAUGAAUAUUUCUGAAACAUCAAAUCAUACGGAUUCGGAAUCUCGUCCCAAUGUAAAAAAUAAUAACAACAACAAGAAGAGAUCAUUACUUUCACUGACGCGUAGAAUCAGUCGGAGACUUAAAAGUGUUCCUUCGAUUCGACUCUCGAAUGUCUCUUGUCAUCAUGCUUCUCCGAAAUUAACAUCUCUCAAAAAUCAAGACGAGUCAUUAUCGACGACGACGACCGAUGAAUCUCCAUUAAAAUGUAUUCAAGAGGAAGAACAUUUGAAACAUUCAAAUAUCGCCGUCGUCAAUGUCUCUUUCAAGGAAAUUCCUCUCGAAAUUAUUUUCGAUAAGAUUUUUCCAUUUCUCUUUCCGAGUGAUCUGUUGAGAUGUUCAUGGACUUGUAAAUUAUUUCAUUCGUAUUUAUUUGAUAUUAUUGAUGGAAAUGACAUGUUAUGGCAAAUGCAGUUGAAAGGAUUAUUGACAUUUUUGAAAUUUUUAACUUUUCGAAAACGAGGAACAAAUGUGAAACAUGUUUCGAAACAUUUUUGUUAUGGAAAGUUGCAGGAAUUUUCACAACGAUUACAGCGAAGAAUUCUCUAUUUUCAAAAUUUAGAGAGUUUAUAUUCGAGUUCAAAUUUAACGUUACGAAAAGUCACAUCAGUGCCACUUGUCAGAUCGCAAAGUUGUCACAAGACACUGGUUUCUAAUGUUUCUCUAACAAACACUACAGGACCAAACUCUCAUUCUAUUUGGAAUCAAUCUAAUUCAGAACCUACGAAUAUGGAAAUUUGUGAAUCGAUUCGGGAAACCAUAAUUUCAGAAUGCGAAUCAUUCUUAUCCAGUUUUGAAACUUUUGGAUUGAAACAUGUUUAUCUUAAUGAGAUUUAUGAUCCAUCCAAAUUAUCAACACUACCUCCUGCAUGGAUCAAAUCAUCGAAAAGACAUUCCACUUGUCAUCAUUCUUCAUCCAAUACGAUUCAAUUACAAAUUCAAAAGUCAUCUACAAAUUCCACAAUUUUCAAUUCAGAAUCUGAACUCGAUCAUUGGCCUAGUUUUCGAAUGGCAUUUGUUGGAUGUUCAGAACGAGCUGUUCAUCCAGCCAUUGUUCAAACGUUUGCCAAAGAUUCCUUUCCAACGGAUUAUAUUUCAAGUUAUGGACAAAAUAUUCGAUGUGGAAUUCAUUUAACGACGACCACAGGGAAUGUCCUAUCAAGUCCUUCUUCUCCUUCUUCCACUCAUUCCAAUCGAUUGAAUCAUUCCAAUUCACCUUCAUCUUCUUCCACUCACAGCUUGAACCAUUCCUUUUCAACUUGCCAAAAUGGAAAUCAACAUUCAGAACUACCAAAAUUGUUAACUUCACUCAAACUCGUCGACAUGUCCACCGAUGUUUGGAAAUUCCCUCACGAAGCCAAUGUCUAUUUGAAAUCUUCCGAUUGUGUGGUCAUCUUUUUCAAUGUGCGUUACGAAUCUUCCUUCACACACGUCUGUGAAAUCAUUCUUCCAACCAUUCAGAAACAUGCACCUCUUUCAAAAAUAAUUCUCGUUGGAAUUGAUUGGCUUUCUAUAUUAUUAGAAGAUGAAUAUGAAAGUUUGAAAUACAAAUUAAGUAGUUAUGAAUUGAUACAGUUGGAACCAAUUUCGAGUGAGAGAGUGAUUCGUCAAUGUUGUUCGAAACAUUCGAAUAUUUUGGGAUUUAUUUCAUUUACACCACAGGAUGCGACGAGGGAUAUUUUGAAUUUGAUGGAUGUGAUUCUCAAGUUGAGUAUUGGAUGGUCGCAUCAUGUCAAUGCUAAUUUGUUUGGUUUUUCACAGAAUCAUCACACUUGCUGUCAAAUGUCGAAUAAUGAUUCUUUGUUUUCUUCCAAUUUAUACAAGACCACAACUGUACUGAACACAACAACAGCAACACUACUACCGAAUGCUCGACCCAUCAUGAAGAAGAGUUUGUCACUUUAUGAAUUUUUCAAAAAAAAGUCUUUUAAAAAGGAAAAACACACAGAACAUGGCCAUUUCCAAAAACAAGAAAAAGAAUUCUCACCCCUUAAAUCCUUUAAGAAAUUCCUUUCUAAACCUUCUUCGCCUAGAGAAUGA